UAAAAAGAGAUUAAAUGUUGAUCAGCAAUUAGAAUUGUUAUCAACAGAUGUCACCGUUUCUCUUUCUUCGUAAUGAGUUCACUUAACGUACUCUUAACGUCGCGUACCCGCCGUUGGUUGGCCUUUAAUAGUGGAAGAUGAGGGAGCAAAGUGAGACUUUAGAAUGAGAAUGAAGACACUUUAAAAGUUAAUUCAUUAAUUGAUUAUCUUUUAGAGCAUCAGCAUCACUAUUCUGUGUCUAUUUGUUUGUGAUCAACUUUUUCUCUUCAACAUUAACCAAACAUGAUCAACUUACUUGGUGGACCAAACAAUUAGUGUCUUGUGUUAAUUGUGCCAAUACUUAUUCCUGAUCCUCGUCUUUAAAUCAAUUGUUGAAUAAGAGGAAACUUAACCAUCGAAAUGAUUAACCAUAAUUACCAAAUGCUUAUAAUCGUCAGUUUACUUCUCACCGGAGGAUCGACUGCAACAGUCGCAUCAAUAAAAGAUGUGAAUUCAAAUGGAUCACCAAGUGUUUCCAAUAAAGCGAGUAUCAUGUCUUCAGCCUUGAAUGUGAUCGGUGAUAAUGAUAACACUCAACUGGCCCAUUCCGUUUUGGUUGUUCAACGACCAAAGAAUCGUCCGAAACCAAUUCCUAGUGUGAGCAAUGACUUUUAUUGGUACAAUACUGUUUUGUCUGAUGAUUCAGAAGCAAAUUCGGUGAAUAUUGAAUCUUUAUCAACAAACAGUUCAGAUGCGCCGACUAUUUCAACCUCAUCCAAAACCACUUCCACUUCCACUACUUCAACCUCAACUACAACCGAAUCUCCUCCAUCAGUUUCAUCAACUUUACCAAUCGGUGAAACUUUACAUAGUAAUCAUCGACCAUUAGGUAAACCAAUUAAAUCUCGUCCUUGGUUAAGACCGAUUAGCACAAGUAAACGUAAGAAACCACCGAUCACUUUGAUCACAAGCUCAAAUCCUGCUGAUUUAUCGAUGAUGCCUCGAACAACUGGUGUCCCGUUUUCAUUUUUCGACGAUGAAGUUCCAAUUCUAAUGAGUAAUAACCAUCGGAAAUUUCCCUACAGUUUAACAACUCGAAAUAAAUUAACAUCAGAAUAUGCUAAUUACUGGACUACCCCAUCAACUACUGCUCUUUACAAUGAUUACUCAUCAUUGAUUAAAUCUCCAUCUAAGUUGCAUUUCAACAAUCGACGUCGAUCAACAACAACAACCACCACCACCACGACUCCGAGUCCACAGAUGAUAAUGGGCAGUAAACCUCCGUUGAAAGUGUCCCAUGUGAUCGCAUCCAAAAACAAAGAACCCGACGAAGUUAAAUCAAGUGUGUUAACAGUUCUCGAUCCUCAGAAUGGAUCAGCUCAUUUACCACCAAAUACCUCGAUAGUCCAUCGAAAUGUUCUUGUUCCCUAUCGACCAGGUCGACCUAAACCUGCGCCCGUUUCUACUACUCAAUAUCCAAUUUACCCGAUCCUCGCAGGUAUAACUAAUUGGCCAAUACAAAAUAAUCAUUCGAGUAUAAAUAAUGUCAACGAUUUGAAUGGUUGGCAGUGGGAUGAAACCGAUAGUUACUCAGGUACCACUGUCCCUCCUCCCUCUUUCUCUGUCCCAAGCGAACCAGCGACAACAAGUAAAAGCCCAAUUGAAUAUUUGGAUCCGAUUCCUGUUUCAACGAUAAAUCGACCAACAAUUGCUAUAAUUGGUUCCAGGCCAGGGGGCUUUGGGUCAUUCAGACCAACCCCGACAGCCAUAAUAACCUCAUCUCCAUCCUCAUCUUCAUCCUCGACCCAUGUUAUCUCCGUUACACCAAUUGGUUCCAAUGCUGGUCAUGUAAUACCUUCGUCAGUCAACACUUCCACCGGUCAACAUCACCAACAACACAUUUUUGGUGAGGUUACUCACUCCUCAAGGCCUCCAUCAGCUACAGCAGCGAGCCAUCAAUCAGACGUCAAUCUAUCAACAGCAGCAGCGGCCGCAGCCUCGACCUCAAGUAGUUUAACAACAAGUGGAAGUAGUCAGUCGUUCAUCGUUACGACAACCACAACAACCGAAUCAUCUAAGCCAAUGAAAGACACUUAUGUUCAUGCAAUUUAUGCCCCACCGAUGCCUUCAACCCUUCCCAAACCAGCGACAAUCCCAGCGAGUACCAGUUCCCUUUUAGCGCUGUUUGGAGUGGACAGUUUUUCUGGUCUAUUCACACAAUUAACUGUUUUCAAAGCUCUUCUAUUCACCGCACUGGUCAUCUUAUUGCCUCCACUAACUGUGGCCGCAGCCUUUUCAAGUCUCGCAGGUUAAGGUAAGCGCUUCCAAAUGAAGCUCAAUCAAUUCUGUCAACAAAUACUAAUCAACAAAAGGCAAAGAUAAAGCAAGACAAUAAUAGCCACACGUCCAAAGGUGACUACAAGUAAGAAACAACAAAAACAUGAUGAUGAGUCUUGUUGCUUUUCAUCAACUGUCAAGUCAAAACUCUGAACCCACCUAAAACAUAAUGAUAAUUAUCAUGAACGAAUCACCACCCAACUUGAAUUGUAAGACUUCGAGAUGAAAAGGGGAUAAAGAUGAUGAUGAUGUUACAUUAAUUUGUGAUGAUGAUGAUGAUGAUGAUUCUAUUGGAGUAAAAUCUUAAAAAUGGAGGACAAAAGUUAUCAUGGAAAAAGAAGUAAAUUAAGUAGCAAAGUAAUACGAAAACGUGAUCUCGGGACAUUGGAUUAUUAUUUAUUAUUAAAAGAGAUUCAUUGUCAUCUUCAAUAAUCGUCAUCAUUAUCAUCAUCAUCAUCUUCAUCUUCAUCUUCAACAAACAUCAUCAUCAUCGUUAUUCAUCAUCAACGACUGAUUUACCAACACUUUGUAUUUACCUCAAUUUAAAGUGAUUUGUUACUUGGAGACUCACCUUUUCAAUGGACAAUCACAUGUACAAUUCAUAUUAAUCAUUAUCAUUACAAUCGUUUGAUUGUUGCAGAUAAUUUAUAAAUUGGCAAAGCUCAACUCUGUUUUAUGGAGCAAUUUAAUCAACACAAAAAUGGCUUUUUAUUUAUAUUGUUCAAUUUUGGAGAUAAUUUAAUUUUUUGUUAUAAUGAAAAUUUCUAUUCUUUUUAUUGUUCCUCUUUCAAUCCUUAAUCUAAUCCAAUAAUCUCUCCCUGAUUAUCUCGGUUAUUUAUUUUCAUUACUGAAAAUUAUUGUUCAUUUGUUUACAAAGUUUUUAUUUCAAUAAAAUGAAAACAUGAAACGUAUUUUGUUUUAAAUAUGCAA